AUGAAGUCAAUACUCGCGAAAAUGUCUCGUCAUAAAGAUGAUUCCACACGAAAUUUAACUCUUGAUGCACCAGAUACACGUUAUUCGAAAUCCUAUGCAAUCGUUGUUUCAACCGAUACGUUAAAUGAUAGUGAAUGGAGUACUGUGGUGAGUUUUUUAUCCGAUCGUCAUCCUCAAGCAACUGUGCUAGUCUAUUCCGAUAAUAAUUUACAAAUGGUUCAUUCGGGUUUAAAAGCUGCGAUGCCACGCUAUGUUGCGUUCGUUUGUCAACCUCAAGAAUGCGGAAGAUCGUUUGUUGCUGAAUGCCAUCGUGUAAUGCGUACACUCGAUAAUGAUCCUUAUAUUGAUGCAAUGUGGGCGAUUAUUACUGGUAUGGAUGCUGAACAUGCGAUAAAAUCGAUUGAUAACGAAACCGUUGCUCAACCAUUUGUUAUUCAACGAGCGAUUAAUUUUACGAAUAUUGAUCAGAAUUUAUUUGAAUCGUGUUUUACAUUCUCCGAUGGAGAAAAAGGCAGUUGGUUUGGGAAAAACUGUCCUUUAGAUGAUGGUAGUGGCGAGGAAAAGGACGAAGGAAAAGAAUAUCCCAGAGCACCAGCUGAAAUCUUUACAGAAAAACUUAAUGAAAUGAAACCUGAUCUAUUAAUAACAAGUGGUCAUGGCACGGAAGAUUACGUUGAAAUGCCCUGGUCUGCUGGCAAACUCAAAGUUGAAGAGGAUGGUCUCGUUCCACUUGAUGAAAAUGCUGAACCUGUUGCAUCAGUUAUUGAAUCAUCUUCGAAUCCUAAGGUCUAUCUACCAAUUGCAAAUUGUCUUAUCGGCCAUUGUAAAGGACCUCAAUGCAUGGUUACGACAUUUCUCGGACGAUUAGGUGUUAGACAGAUGUGUGGCUAUACAGUCGAAACUUGGUAUGGUCGUGCAGGUUGGGGAACGCUCGACGUAUGGAAAAGUGUUCCCGGACGAUUAAGUUUAGCUGAUGCUUACUUUCUCCAACAAGCACGAAUGACAUAUGAUUUAAAAUCGAUCAAUCCUCGUUUAUUACAAUUUAAAUAUGAUCUGAGUGUUUACCCUGGAUAUACGACUGUGGUUGAACAAUUAGAAAAGCAGUUUCAUUUCGAUAACGACAAUAUCGACGAUGAAGUUCUCGACAAAAUCUAUGGUUUGUCUUAUGAUCGUGAUACAUUUGUGUGUUACGGUGAUCCGGCGUUUGUUGCCAAAUUGGAUGAAGAGAAAAACGGUGAUAUAGUUCAAACGAAAUUCGUUCGAACAGGAAAAACAAGUCAUCAAUUUCAAAUCGAAUUCAAAGACACCGAAACAGCGCAAAGCUUUCAAGGACCUAUUGGCAGUUUAUUCACGAACCGUGUUGAAAAUUACAAUAUCAUUGGUGGGUUUGAAUAUGAACCAAUUCUGUCGGAUAAUUUUCUUUUGAUACUCAAAGCCAAUCCUCGUGAUAAAGAAAGUACAACAAUUCAUAUUGAUUUUCGUGCAACAAUAAUUCUGUAG